CCGAGACUCGUAUAAAAGGCAUAGGCUGUGCUUGGUCUCACCUAGUACUUCAUACUCACUGGGUCGAGAGCGCGUGUUGACAUCCACCGGCGAUUAACCAAAAUCCUUGACCUUCACCAUGUGUGACGACGAAGAACUUACUGCCCUUGUGGUUGACAAUGGCUCUGGCAUGGUCAAGGCCGGCUUCGCCGGAGAUGACGCUCCUCGCUCGGUCUUCCCCUCCAUUGUCGGCCGCGCCCGUCACCAGGGUGUGAUGGUCGGCAUGGGUCAGAAGGACGCCUACGUCGGUGAUGAGGCCCAGAGCAAGAGAGGUAUCCUUACCCUGAAAUACCCUGUUGAACACGGUAUCAUUACCAACUGGGACGACAUGGAGAAGAUCUGGUACCACACCUUCUACAAUGAGCUCCGUGUUGCCCCUGAGGAGUCCCCCACACUUCUCACUGAGGCUCCCCUCAACCCCAAGGCCAACCGCGAGAAGAUGGCUCAGAUCAUGUUCGAGUCCUUCAAUGUACCCGCUACCUAUGUUGCCAUCCAGGCCGUGCUGUCCCUGUAUGCAUCCGGCCGUACUACUGGUAAGGUAUGCGACUCUGGAGAUGGCGUUACUCACUUUGUCCCCGUGUUUGAGGGUUUCGCCCUUCCGCACGCUAUCAUGCGUCUCGACCUUGCUGGUCGUGACCUUACCAACUACCUGAUGAAGAUCCUUACUGAGCGUGGCUAUUCCUUCACCACCACCGCUGAACGUGAAAUCGUCCGUGACAUCAAGGAGAAGCUUUGCUACAUCGCACUCGACUUCGGCAGUGAGAUGAACGUUGCUGCAGCUUCCUCUUCCUUGGAGAAGUCCUAUGAGCUUCCCGACGGUCAAGUCAUCACCAUCGGCAACGAGCGCUUCCGUUCUCCCGAGGCUCUGUUCCAGCCUUCCUUCCUUGGUAUGGAAGCUGCUGGUAUCCAUGAAGUUCUGCAUGUUGGUAUCAUGAAAUGCGACAUUGACAUCAGAAAAGAUCUCUUUGCCAACAUUGUCAUGUCUGGUGGUACCACCAUGUACCCUGGUAUCGCUGACCGCAUGCAGAAGGAAAUCACUGCCCUUGCGCCUUCCACCAUCAAGAUCAAGAUCAUCGCUCCUCCCGAGAGAAAGUACUCCGUGUGGAUCGGCGGCUCCAUCCUCUCCUCUCUGUCCACCUUCCAGGCCAUGUGGGUCACCAAGGACGAGUACGAGGAGUCCGGCCCCGGCAUUGUCCACCGCAAGUGCUUCUAAGGUCUUUCAUAGGCUUAAUUUUGUCCAUGAUGGUAGGUUACGGUAAAUGAUAGAUUAAUGUGAACUGAAAUUAUUUUGUAAGCUAAAUAAAGUAAUUUCCUA